CUGAGCGGCUGCGAAAUCAAAACAAAUUUGAAGUUGACAAAUUUAAUCCGUUCCCUAAUUGCUAAUACAUAAUAAAUUCGAAAUUUCAAAAUCUCCGUUUCGAAACAAAAUUAAGUCCCUUCGUCGCCUUGGAUCAAACUUAAAGUCGACCACCCCAAUUUAUGAAAAUGGGAGAAAACCUGACCUCCCCUGACCUCGAUAUGGACGAAGAAGAAUGCCAAAUUGUACACGAGAAAAGCACGCAUAUCGAAUCUUCAAGUCCACCUCGCACUUGUUGUUUCCUCUGCUCCACUCCAAUUCAAGAUUUGACUCCGAUACCGUGCCACGUCGCGAGUAAGAUCGCGAUCUGCAUACCAUUGUUAAAAAAUAUUGAUCCAGACAGUGCCACAAAUGGAGAGGAUAGACCAUGUCCAGUGUGUUUGUAUCAGGUGAUAAAGGUGUGGAAUUUGCACCGUAAGAUUGUCGCCAUUCAGGCACAAAUCGUCACUCUUUUGACAAGGGCACGGCAAAGGUAUCGAGCAGAUUUGAUCCCAGCUAAAAAGUCGAGGGUGGUACCACCGGCAAAAAAGUCGAGGGUGGUACCACCGGCAAGAAGGUGUCCUCUUCCCGGUCUUAUUAAUUAUCGCUCUCCGUCCUCGCCAAGCAUGGCAAUCAAGACGGAAUCAAACAGCACCACGGAAAACGGGAUCGACAUGGUGGACACUAUUUUCGUCGGCGAUUGGGGGGUCGUUGACGAUACAAAAACCGUGGGCCCUGAAUCCCACGUGUUCACCCCACGUGUCGAAACGCCUGUCCAAAAGAAGGAUGGCGUUACGCAUGAAACUGCCCGCUACCCGUGUUCCGUUUGUGGCGAGGUGUUUGCCACACCCGGGAAUAGGAUCAAACAUGAAGCCAUUCGGUGCAAUGUGGUCCAUCCCCCCGACCUUUUGAAAAAGAUGGAUAUUCGGAUGUACAAAUGUGGGGUGGCGGGAUGUGGGAAAGUGUACGUCAAACAGAACGCCUUUGUCAGCCACGUCGAGACGCAUGAAAUUGACAAGCACGCAGAAGCCUAUGCUGGCUCUGCUGAGGGAAACUUAAUCUUAAACAGAGAUCCAGACCCAAAUGCUGUAGCUUGGGCAAUAAUAUCGAAUGAAAUUAUGCUUCAAAAUGAUACCGUGGGAAACAAUUCUUGUCAAGAUGCGAGGGAACCAAAUAUUUUUGUCGGGGGACCUCCCAUCCUCGGGGGGACAAGUGUUUGUCAAGAUAUGAAACCGACGCUAAGAAUAGUUUCAAAUCCCGUCAUAUCUAAACCACCGAAAAGGAAAUACCAGUAUGACAUGUGCAAAGUAGUGUUUUCAAACCAGAACAAUCUCAACGUUCAUACUCGAAAGGUUCACGGAAAAGAGAAGCGUGCCUGCUCCGUCUGCGGAAAAGUGUUGUCAUCCCUCCAAGCUUGCGUGGCUCACGAAGCCAUCGUUUGUAAAGUGUCAUAUUCUCCCGAAUACCUCGAAGCGAUGAGCGUAUAUUCCUGUGAGGUCGAGGGAUGUGGGAGAUUGUGCUAUAAAAAGGUGGACUUAGAGAGGCACGUCUUCAGGGCACAUUGGACACAUAAAUAACGCACAACAGUUACAAACCGGAAGUCAGUCCUUCAGUCGCCACGAUGCAAAAUGAUAAGAUGCGGAUAAAAGAGGCGGUGAAUAUCACAAUUUGAGGAUACGUAAAGUUCAAUUGCUGCUAAUUAAAAAAAUAUGCAAAUGACUUGAUUCAAGUCACUAAUUUUUGAAUUUGUAAACAAAUAUACAAUUAUUUUUUGUUAAUUAAUCUAUCCUUAAUUAAGUAUUUUUCACGGUAUUAGUUAAUUAUGUUACAAAAAA